AACACUCUCUCUCUGGUUUGCUGGUCUGUCUUGGUCAUUUAUUCUCUCUCUCUCUCUCUCUCUCUCUCUCUCUCUCUCACACACCCCACUCUGUUGUCCUGCUGUUCUCUCUGUGUGUAACAAUGUCGGAGUUGGAGAACUGCAUGAACGCCAUCAUUCGCAUCUUCCACAAAUACUCGAAGAGAGAGGGAGACAAAUACACACUGACGAAGAGCGAGCUGAAGGAGCUGAUCACACAGGAGCUGCCCAAAUUCGUAGCGGCUGUAAAGGACCCAGCCGAAUUUGAUUCUCUGAUGAAGACGCUCGACACCGACGGAAACGCCGAGUGUGACUUCCAGGAGUUCAUGACCUUCAUCGCCGCAGUGACCAGCUUGACCCAGCUCAUCAAGCAGUUUGAGGAUGAAUGAGCCGGAGAGGACAGAGGAACUGACCGCUGGAAACUAAACCAGAUUUUACUGUCAGUGUAACAGCAUAGAAUCUCAAUCCAUAACUUACAUUUAUUAUUAUUUCUGUUUUGUAGGGGAUUUGCUGAUUAUUCCUGGUUUUAACACUAUUAAACUGGCUUCUACACAGUGGCUUUAGCUGAAUGUAUUGAGCUCUGACUGGAUUCGACUUGUAUUGCUAGUUUUAAUUCGUUUAUACUGAUUGGGUUUGACUGGUUUUGAAUGCCUUAUACUGGUUUUUCAAAUCAAAUGUAAGGAGACUUUCCUAUGAAUUGUUGCUAUUAUCCUUUUUUAGCUAGCUAUAUCUGAUACCUAACCAUAUUUCCUCACCUUUAUCUAUCUCUAUGAAAAUAAAACAAAAUGAAUGUAA